GGGAUAAACCAAGCAGCCAAUCACAUCCCUUCUCACUGCUUGGUAGCUCCCCCAAGCGGUCCAGAGCACGUGCCAAAUCUUGGCAGAGGCAGCCAAGCAACGACGUCAAUCACUCACUUUUGAAACAGAACUCUCUCCGACAUUCAUUCUUUUUUAUCGACCCAUGCGUGCAUGAACGCCGGUUCCAACAAUGACUUCGAAAGCCCAGGGAAAUAUCCUCACCCGUAUUUAUUAUGCAUGGAAGUCGCUGAAGUUACCAUGGCGACGUAAAAUCUUUGUCGGAAUGGAUCUGGAGGGCAACUCCUUUUGGGAAAUCCCUAUCAGCGUGCACGGGCGCGUUCGUCGGAUAGUCGCGUAUAGAGAUCCCAAGCGAGAUCUGGUGGACUACAAACUGCCCCCCCAAUGGACCCAGUGGCUUCGUCACAACCGGGUUGCACCAACAAUAGCGGAGCUCCACGGAGACGUUGCCCGGCAAGCUCAACUAAAACAGCUCGCUGCCGCCGCUGACGCACGAUGGAAUUCGAAACCUUCUUUACUCAACGCUGCCCCGCAUCCUCCGACCGAUAGUGUACUGGAAAGCAAUACCAAGUUCUGCAACGAUUCCGGAUUGCAGCGGCGGGAAGAGAUGUGCCGAGGGCGCGGAGAAACAGGAGUGGGGUUUGGCGGAAAGGAUAAGGAAGGAUAUAGACCUGCCGGCGAGAGUGUGGAUCGGGCACACGGGGCACGGGGCGGCGAAGCCUGGGGUGGAAAGGCGGGGGGAGAAUUCAAGGUUGGAGAGUGGGAUCCGAAUGCGGGGUUGCCGAAAAAGAGGCCAGGGAGAGAGUAAUGAGUUAAUUUAUUGUAGGAUGUUGUAAGGAUCCAAACCUGAAUCUUUGUACCAGG